AUGCCGCCGAUGCAACCAGUUCCGAUGAUGCGCCCGGUCAUGAUGUUCGGGGGAAUGAUGCCACCUGGUAACCAGAGCGGCGCUCCCGGCCCAUGUUCCGGAGGUCCGGGCGGUGGCCCGGGUGGUGGUCCAGGCGGUGGCCCAGGCGGCCCCGCGGGUCCGGGUCCAGGCCCUGGCCCAGGCCCAGGCCCAGGCAAUCAGGGCCCAAAUCAAGGCGGUCCUGGACCAGGUCCAGGAGGUCCAGGAGGUCCAGGAGGCCCAAGGCCAGGGGGCCCAGGCGGUCCAGGAGGCCCCGGAGGGGUGAUGAUCAACCCCAAUGCGCAAAUGCAGCCCGGCAUGUCUUACAUGCCCUGUAUCGUUCCUGCGAGCCAGUGGCAUCAGAUGCAGUCGACCGGUGCGGUGGCAGUUGCCUAUGUGGAUGCAGCGCAGGUGCAGAGUGGACAAUUGAAUCCCAACACACUCUUCAGUCAGAUUCCAGGCAUGAUGCCUCAGAAUGGCCAAAACAACCAGAAGGGCAUUAAGGGGGACAAGGGAAUGGGAAAAGGAGGUGAGAAGGGAGACUUUGGUGGAAAGGGCUCUUCAGCUCGCGGCCGUUCGCCUCCUCGAGGCCGCCGGGGUUUUUCCAGUCCCAACGGCGGCUUCGAGGGGCCCCAAAGUGGUCCCGCCCGGCCGGGGCCUUUCUUCCCAGCCGAGGGUCGGAGCAGUUCGAAAGAUGCCUGGCGGCCCUCCUUCAUUGACCCGGAGCAGGCGGCCAAGCGGCGCGACUCCCUGGAGAGACGCUUUGAGGCUGAGGGGAGGUCGCCUCCACCCAGGCAGUCUGUUGAGCGCCGGACGUCUGCAGAGAGAAGAACCUCAGCGGAAAGAAGAACUUCCGCAGAGCGCAGGACAUCGAGAGAGAGAGGAGACUCGACUGAUCCGCCAUCAGGCUUCUCAAGGCGGGCCAAGCCUUUCGGGCCACGGCCACAAAAGCGGCCUCCCGUUCCAAAUGCAGUGCAGAUGUCUGGCCAAUGGCAGCACCGGCUUCCUGACGGCCAGCCUGCAGCAGUCUACCUCAUAGCUGACCAGAUGAACCUGCAACAAGCAGCAAGUCGGCUAAACCAUUUGCCGCAGGGUGCCAUGAUCGCAAUGGAUUGCCACGGCUGGAAUUUGAGAGCCGCCGCUGGCAAGCUGUGCCUGUUGGUCGUGGCUUUCAGCGACAAUACGAACGGGCUCCAAGUUUUCAUGUUCGACGUAAUGCAACUGGGUGAGCAGUUGUACAGCUUAGUGCCAUUCUUUACCAACGCAAACUCCUCCAAAAUCACGACAGAUGCCACGACGCAUGCCACGGUCUUUGCCCACAAAUUUGGCAUCAACCUGAACGGAGUGAUUGACGCUCAAUGGGCAUAUGAGGCACUGGAGAAGAAGGGCAUGGUGAAUGCCUGCAAUUUUCUAGACUGGUGCGGCCUGACAACCGUGUCCUUCAAGGAUAAUGCCGCCAGACUCGAAAACAGCCCAGAGAUCUGGGGACAACGGCCGCUGGUACAGCAGGCCUUAGGGCAUGCAACUGAAGGUAUCUGCUUGCUUCAUUCCGCAGCAGCUGUGAUGUGGACGCGCCUUGCCAAGAGCUUCGGUCAAAACGUUUUCAACAUGGUCGCCAAUGCUUCACGGCAACGUGUGGAGAUGGCAGCUGCGGCUGGCUGGGCCUGCAGGAAUGCAGGGCUCUGGACCGCGGAGCAGGACUACCCUGUGCCAGGAGACAAGGAUGCGGAGCUGGAUGAUUGGCUGGCGAAGCGCUUCGGAAAGGCAUCCGAUAAGCAGCCACCACCUGCAGCUCUCAGAGCAAGGUCAGCAGAAAGACCUGCUUUGCCCGAAUCGGCUUUCCGUCAGGGGGACAGCCCAAGAACCGCAGCCUGGCGCGCAGUGGUCGCACAGAUGAACCCACCCAGGAUUCAGCCCUCCCGCCAGCGAUCGGCGUCACCGACCCUAGAGAACUGGCUCAGCCGUCGUGGCUCCGCCAGAGAGCAGAAAGCGCGACACGCGCCAGGCGCAUCACACAGAGCCUCAAGCUUGCCAUCGCGUGAUCGGGAGCGGGACAAGGAUGAGGAUGAACUCUUCCCACGGCCUCUGCAGCCUUUAAACUUCGACAACAUCAAUCGAAAGAAUUGGGCAGAGAUCGUUGAAGAAGGGGACGAAGAGGUGUUUGAAGACCUCGGCAAGGCGGAACAUAAGCGACUGAACCAAGCAGAAAAAACGACCAAGACAAAGGCAAAGAGAUGA